AUGUUGAUCGUGUUCUCAGUCCUUCUCUUCUUUAUCAUCAUCACAAGCUUCUUAGCAAGUUCAACAUCUGUUUCACCAUCUCUCCAUUCAGAUGAGUUGAAUGCGCUAGAGAAGAUAGCUACUACACUUGGAAUCAAGGGACUGAACCUAAGUUAUGGAGACCCUUGCAGUUUAGGAACCCUGAAGAUGAUGCAGGACGUUGAUGUUAUUUCGAAUCCGGACACUGGAAACAGCACCAUUCGUUGUGAUUGUAGCUUCAACAAAAGCACCACUUGCCAUAUAACAAGCAUAGAUCUGAAGACCCUUGGCCUUCCAGGAAAACUUCCACCAGAGUUGGCUAACCUUCGAUAUCUACAAUCUAUAGACUUGUGCAGAAACUACCUUACGGGCUCAAUCCCAAUGGAGUGGGCUUCAUUGCCAUACCUCACUUCCAUCUCGCUCUGCGCGAAUAACUUGUCUGGGCCUUUACCAACUGGGUUACAGAACUUCAAGAAUCUUACAGUCCUAGGGGUUGAAGCCAAUCAGUUCUCUGGUCCAAUUCCUGAGGAGCUUGGUAACUUGACCAAGUUAAUACGGCUGCAUCUUACCUCCAAUCAAUUUACAGGAAACUUGCCUAACUCUCUAGCUAAACUGGUGAACCUUGAGGAUUUUAGGGUUAGUGACAAUAACUUCAAUGGUACCAUCCCAAAAUAUAUCGGCAACUGGUCUCGGCUUCAAAGGCUAGGUAUACUGGCAAGCGGACUGAAAGGUCCUAUUCCUGAUGCAGUCACUCGCCUAGAAAAUCUUAUUGAUAUGAGUAUUAGUGAUACAACUGGGAUAAACUCCUUUCCAAAUAUGUCCAGCAAAGCCAUCAGAAAACUGAUUUUGAGGAAUGUGAGCUUGUCUGGUGCAAUUCCUUCUUACAUAUGGAAUUUGCCAGAGCUAAAGACUUUGGAUUUAUCGUUUAACAGCUUGACUGGCGAAGUUCGUGGAAUUCAAAGUGCACCAAAAUACACCUAUUUGACUAGAAAUAGACUUUCUGGAGACGCUGGAUCAGGUGUUUUUCUCAAUAGCAAAUCUAAUAUUGAUAUCUCGUACAAUAAUUUCUCUUGGUCGUCUAGCUGUCAGGAAAAGAGUAACAUUAAUACAUACCAGAGCUCAUAUUUAAAGAACAACUUAACUGGGCUUCUUCCAUGUGCUGGUCCAAUCAACUGCACAAGCUAUCAGCGAACACUACAUAUAAAUUGUGGUGGAGAAAACACAGUCAUUAAAAACUCCUCUCAUAAAAUCAGCUACGAAGCUGAUGAUAGUACUGUCUAUUCGGCGACAAACCAACACUUCAAAACAUGGGGAAUUAGUAACACAGGUGUAUUUGCCGCGGAUGAACAUAGUGAGAAUGAUACAUACAUCAUUUCAGCUCGUUCAAAACUACCUGGAGAUUCUCCUAAUCUUUAUAAGACUGCACGUAGAUCUGCGCUCUCACUUGUUUAUUAUGCGUUUUGCUUGGAAAAUGGACCCUACAAUGUGAAACUCCUUUUUAUGGAGAUUCAGUUUUCAGACGAAGAACCAUUCAGUCGUCUUGGCAGACGCAUAUUUGAUGUCUAUGUUCAGGGAGAACUGUUCUUGAAGGAUUUUAACAUCAAAGAGGAGUCUAAGGGGACUAUGACUCCUGUUGUGAAAGAAGUGAAAGCUGUAAAUGUGACCAAUCAUAUGUUAGAGAUUCAGCUGUAUUGGGCGGGCAAAGGGACAACCCUCAUACCUAAAAGAGGAAACUAUGGUCCUCUUAUUUCUGGAAUCUCCUUGUGUCACCACAGUAUGGAGCCACAAUGUGGAGCGGAAAAGAUAAGACAUCAAACUAAUUAUCCACUAAUUUUUGGGACAAUAGCUGCCUUGGUAACAAUUAUUCUUUUGGCUUUGGGAAUAUAUGCUUGGAGAAGAUGCAUAAGAGACAAGAAUACAAGCGAACAAGAUCUAAGAGUCCAGGGUCUGCCAACGGUUUGCUUUACCUGGAGGCAACUGCAAGCUGCAACAAACAAUUUUGAUCAAGCCAACAAACUUGGAGAAGGAGGUUUCGGAUCCGUAUUCAAAGGAGAGCUGUCAGAUGGAACUAUCAUAGCAGUCAAACAGCUCUCUUCCAAGUCACACCAAGGAAACCGUGAGUUUGUGAAUGAGAUAGGAAUGAUCUCAGGUCUGAACCAUCCAAACCUUGUCAAGCUUUAUGGAUGUUGUGUCGAGAAGAACCAAUUGAUGCUUGUUUAUGAGUACAUGGAAAAUAACUCCCUUGCUCAUAUGCUUCAUGGAAAGAGUUCCUUGAACCUGGACUGGAAAGCAAGACAAAAAAUAUGUGUUGGAAUUGCAAGAGGGCUUGAGUUCCUUCAUGAAGGAUCAAUGAUCAGGAUGGUUCACCGUGACAUAAAGACCACAAAUGUGCUUCUAGACGCUGACCUAAAUGCAAAGAUAUCUGACUUUGGAUUGGCUAGGCUACAUGAAGAAGAACAUAGCCACAUUAGCACAAAGAUUGCAGGAACCAUCGGAUACAUGGCUCCAGAAUAUGCACUAUGGGGUCAGUUGUCAGAGAAAGCAGACGUGUACAGCUUUGGGAUUGUGGCAAUGGAAAUUGUUAGUGGACAGAGCAAUACGAAACAAAAGGGAAGUGCUGAUCACGUCUCGCUUAUCAAUUGGGCAGUGAAGCUGCAACAGAAAGGGGACAUAACGGAGAUAGUGGAUCCAGUUCUACAAGGUGAUUUCAACACCAAAGAAGCAGUAAGGAUGAUCAAAGUUGCUAUUGUUUGCACAAACUCGUCUCCUUCCUUAAGACCAACCAUGUCAGAGGUUGUGCAAAUGCUGGAAGGAGAGGUAGAAAUAACACAGGUUCUUUCAGAUCCUGGUUUAUAUGGACAUAACUGGAGCAUCUCAAACCUCAGGGACAUUGAUACAGAUGGUGGCUUGAGCACGUCUGUUGUGACCGAUCAAACGGCAACAACAAUGAAAUCGUCGGUUUCUGGUUGUGAUCUCUACCCAUUAUACCCUGAAUCCAUGAUCUUAAACUCCACAGUGGACUUUUCUUCCUCGUCACUGUAAAGCUGUGUGCGUUGUUGCCUUGUGUCUUACGAGAGACAAAAGGCUUGUAAGUUGUCUUAUAUUAGUAAGAUGUCUGAAACCUUACAGUAGCUUAAUUUACAUGUAUAUACAUGAUUUUUGUGUUACAGCUAAUCUUCUUGUACAUGCUUGGUUGCUUACAAGAAUCGUUCGGUUUGGUUUUGUACUGAUUAAUUUUUAAGUUUGGAUACGGUUUGGUUUUGCAAACUUAUUUAUUAAAUCAGAAAUGUAAAUUGUAGUAGGAUUCAACACAUGGUCGAUGUACGGCCUUUCCAUGACACGUCUAUGAAAUUUGC